CCCCGUCGAUCCUGCCAAAGCUGGUCUCGCGCGGCGCACUGUGGGAAAACCGCGGGGAGGUGCCUAAAGCGGACCCUGCCGCCUCUAACUUUAGUUGUCUUAGCUACUGCCUACAAAAGAUGCGCCAUUGUGGCACUUAUUUUUGUAAUUUUCCUCCACCAGCGGCCGAGACGAGAGCCGAAGCCUUUGAAAAAAAUAUUCCUAGACGGUUGUAUUUCCGGGCGCAUCAGGCAUUCAUUCGGGCAGCCUGUCCCUCCGGAGGGGUCCUUCACUCCUGGCACCUCUGGUUACGGACAACGUACAGAAGCGACUGCCAAUGAGCUCCGCUGAGUAGGACAGGGGCAGGGCUAGCGCUUAAAGGAGCCGCGACCCCUUUGCAGACCAGAGGGUGACCCGGAUGAUGGCGGCCGGCGCGGCCUUAGCCCUGGCCUUGUGGCUACUAAUGCCACCAGUGGGGGUGGGAGGGGCCGGGCCCCCGCCAAUCCAGGACGGUGAGUUCACGUUCCUGUUGCCGGCGGGGAGGAAGCAAUGUUUCUACCAGUCCGCGCCGGCCAACGCAAGCCUCGAGACCGAAUACCAGGUGAUCGGAGGUGCUGGGCUGGACGUGGACUUCACGCUGGAGAGCCCUCAGGGCGUGCUGUUGGUCAGCGAGUCCCGCAAGGCUGAUGGGGUACACACCGUGGAGCCAACGGAGGCCGGGGACUACAAGCUGUGCUUUGACAACUCCUUCAGCACCAUCUCCGAGAAGCUGGUGUUCUUUGAAUUGAUCUUUGACAGCCUCCAGGAUGACGAGGAGGUCGAAGGAUGGGCAGAGGCUGUGGAGCCCGAGGAGAUGCUGGAUGUUAAAAUGGAGGACAUCAAGGAGUCCAUUGAGACCAUGCGGACCCGGCUGGAGCGCAGCAUCCAGAUGCUGACGCUACUUCGGGCCUUCGAGGCACGUGACCGCAACCUGCAAGAGGGCAACUUGGAGCGGGUCAACUUCUGGUCAGCUGUCAACGUGGCGGUGCUGCUGCUGGUGGCCGUGCUGCAGGUCUGCACACUCAAGCGCUUCUUCCAGGACAAGCGCCCGGUGCCCACGUAGCCCCUGCCACGGAAGGAAGAACGGGACGAAGGAGGGGUAGCGGGGUGUGUGUGUAUGAGACUUGGGGAUCCCUCCCCAAUUUUAGUUUCCUGCCAAAACGGGUGUGUGCAGUCGGGGCCUGUAGUCUGGCCCCGUGAGUCUCCUUCCGUCCUCAGUGGGCAGGGAACACCUCUGGCUUGCAGAAGGGACGGCUCAGCGGCUGCACCGACGGUCCUGGAAAUCUCACAUGGUGGGCACUGCAGCGUUGGAACGUGAGCCUCAGAUUUCCUGGCCCCUCUACUGUAAAUGUGCCUUAGCCUAAGCCUUCCAGCCUGUGUUACCGUUGCCUGGUGCGGGGCAGGGCCUAACAAGGAAAGCUGGGCCCUCCAAGCCAGGCUGAGGUCUGGUAACAGAAUGCCAGGAAGGGGGCCUGGAAGACCACCUGCCUGGGCCCCUUUUCCUGCAGGGCCCCACACAGGCAUGAGGGAUGGCCCGGCCAAAGUCUAGGCAGAAGCCUCCUGGAACAAAGGGUGGUGUGGCCUGGGCAUCGGAGUCAAUAAAUUAUGGUCAGAAAAUCA